AUGUCUUUGCUAUUCUACAUUCCGAUUGGCAUACUUUCGGGAAUGGCACUGUGGUCACUCUACCUGCGAAUUUUCAAAAAGUUAUCCCUCCCUGCACAAAUUACACGAUUAGUAUUUCACUCCUUCCGAUUGCAAAUGAAAUAUUGGAAGGGAGCUAAAACGAUGAGAGAAGGUGAUUCAUCACUGAAGAAUUUAUCGGAGGAAGAGUUGAGUUUGAUGAACAUGAUGGAUACACUGAUUGGAAAAUUCGAUUCGGAGGAGAAUAAAAAUCUUUAUGUGGAUAAUGAUUUUAUGGAUAAGAAUAAGAAAAGAGAAGAGAUUAUUGAUGAAAUUAUCAAAUUCAGAACAAGCUUGCCUGGAGGAAUACAUCAAUCGAAGGCUGGUCCUUUUUACCUUCCAGAUGAAAAGAUCUUUUUGAGAGAGACCUUUGAAUUACCUAACAAGCAUCCUAGUAUCUAUUUCAAUUUCCAUGAUAAACUUGAAGAGAGUAAGAGAAAUUCAAUUUGUAACAAGUUUGGAAGAGUUGCACUGAUUCAUUUCCAUGGAGGAGGAUACUUGAUGGGAGAACCUUCAACUUGCUAUACUUUGGAGAAUAUUUGCUCAACCAAUGGAUUUGAUUUGUUUGGAGUGGAUUAUAGUUUGUAUCCAGAGCAUACUAUUGAGGAUGCUAUCGAGGAUGCAUUCAAGGCAUUCAAGUGGCUAGUUGAUGAAAAGGGUGCUAAGCAUGUGAUUAGUAUUGGUGAGAGCGCUGGAGGACACUUGGCCACAAUGUUGGUCGAUAGAAUAGCUCAGGAAAGACAACAAAAUGGAUUGGAUGACAAGUAUAAUUGUAUUGUAGGAGUUAUUGGAUUAUCACCUUGGUGUGACGUUACAAUGACAAGUCCUGGAAUGUGUGAUGCAAAACAUGUUGAUAGAGCCCUUCCAAACAAGGCCCUUAAUCAAUUCAAAAAAUGGGGAAUUCCAUUAGGAUUUAAUCAACUUGAAAGAGGUAAAAAUCUAUCUCCAAACUAUUUCUCAAAGGAUAGAAUUGAUAGAAUGAAGGAUAUAACCAAUAGAUUCCUCUUUUCUUAUAGUAGAAAUGAACGUUUGACUUUGGAGAUUGACAAAUUUAUUUCAAUUUUGAACAAGAAUAAUUUCAGUGUAGAAAAGCACGUUGAAACUAUUCCUUUCCACUGCUUCCAUAUCUUUUGUGAUUUCAUUCCAGCCAUCUUCUCAAAGUUGGAAUCUCAAAUUGUUUCAUUCAUUGAAAAAGGAGUUCAACAAUCUCAAAAAUAAAUUGUUGCAACGAUUAACUGU